GUUAUCUGAGUUUGCGUGUCAUGUUGUGAAUUACCGGUUCGCUCGCUGUGAAAAGCGAUGUUCUGGAGCCAGAACAGUUCGUGGGCACCUGACGGCGUGUGGAACUGUUGUGCCAAGUGUUGUGCGAACCUACCAGUAUAGUCGUGUGUUCUUGAGGAUUUUGACUGGUCACACUGAUGAGCGCGAGUGUUGGAGCGAUGCUUCGAGUCACCUUCGAGCUUGUGGAAACGUGCGCCGUGUUCGUGUGACGACAACUCUCGACGUAUACAUUCGCUCGGCACAGCCUCUGGCAACAGUAAUGGUCCAAGGAGGUCUCCCAGACGAAGACGACGUUUCGCGGGCAGCGCAUGGUGCAGAGAGGCCAUGUGCGAGAACCUUCUCAUCUCGAGAUCAGAAGGAUCAGCGGUUUCUCAGUGAGGGAGGAAGCGUGACUGGCGAACACUGUGGAUACAAAUCCUACAAUGGGCCAACAAAGAAACGGACAUUUUCUGUCGUAAUACGACGCAACCAACCACCGUCCGCAGAGCAGGAUAACCAGUAUAUAUUAGGAAAAACAGCAACUAGGUUAUGUCUUCUAUCUGGACCACCGCAGUGACGUACAAAGUCCACAGGCACAUCUUCUUUACAGCUGCAAACGACUAGACCAUUCACCAAAUGGCGCGCAUCUUCUUGCCACCUAGAAAGAAACUUUUUUUCUGUCCAAGAUGCGGUCACCCGGAACAGGUUUCGCGUGAGAGAAGGAGUCAUCAUAAAAGGGGACUCCGGUGCCAGGCGUGUUCUCUUCGGUGUUUGGGUUUCAGUGCGGAGAACACCCACCCACUUCGCGAGGUAGAUUAGCAUAUACAUCGAUACCCGAAGCUUGCUGGCUAGGUCGAAACUGGCCCCGAGGAAUACGGUUAACGUCAGCGGUUCCGGCACAAUGAAGACAUUGUUCACCGUUCUGCUAGUGUUCAUCGUCUGGCAUCCCGGUUCCUUAAACGGGGCUCGACAUAGCUUUCGGUCCAGUUACGGUGGCAAAGCCUACGGAUCCAUUCGAAAAGAAGGCAACGACAGGAACACGCUAUCUGUGACGGACCAGUCGUCAUGCACCUUCGAGGGCAAACUUUUCCGCCAUGGCAGCAAUAUUUCCAGAAGCGACCCCUGCGAGAGAUGUUUCUGUUUCCGUGGAGAAGUGCUUUGCUGGAACAUUCAGUGUCCCGAUCACAAGCCUCGAGACAAUUGCAGGGCGGUGUCUCUCAAGUGGACAUGCUGUCCAAUUUAUGAAUGUGAGUCGGCCGGCGCUGUGUCAACGGAGAAGCCUCCUGAUCGAUGGUCUCCCUUUACAAAGGCUACGGAUAACGAAGAUAAAAAGAAUGUUGAUUGCGAAGUGGACGGAGACACGUACCGACCAGGACAGGUCAUUCCUUCGGCGUCCGGAGCAUGCCUGGAGUGUCGCUGUGGGGAUGUAGCGCAAAUACAGUGUACCCCUAAGCCUUGUCGUUACACCGUCCCAUUAAUUGUGCCAGGAGCCUCUGCCCAGCCAGUGCGAAUCACUCCAAACCCUUUCCGGAGAAGUCUCUUCUGAGAUGUCCGUGGAUUGCGUCGCUUCUACACACUCUGUAAUCCGUGUUUUCACGCAAGCGACAUCCCCACAGAAUGUUCUAGUGGGUCAAAAAGCAAAAUGGAAGAAGAACUGCUCACGGAGUGCAAGUUCCACCGCGUCUUACGCUGAGCAUUUCCACAGUGCAAGGAUGCUGGGCGUGGCGUAAUGCUAACGUAGCAGACGACACCAUCGGCUCUAUCGUCUGCUACGGAACGUAGCUACGUUUCAAACGUAUUUUGCUGUCUAACCAUCUGCAUAGAAAUGCUGCCCCAUUGACAGUGGACUCCUCAGUUUCUUCAGUGUCCAGGAGUAUGCACAGUUCAUCAAAUGGAAGUUUUUGUGGGUAGCAUGAAAUAAGCCAAUGUAUUGAAAUUUGUACUUGUCGCUGAUAAAUCCUAAAACAUAUUCUGAGGGAACACAGACGCAUUAGUUUUACCAAUACGGUCUUCAUCAACCGAUAAAACUCACUACUUGGCAGACACAACAAGAGAAAGCCGUGUACAAUCUAAGACAAACUUUGAGCUGCUGUUCAGGGGAGCUCUGAAGCAAAAGGAAGCUGGUGCUUGAUACGGUUGCUCUUCCUUUUUUUCUUUGUGGUACUUAGAUGUGUUACAGAACACAGGCGCAGUUGUUGGAGGCGAGUAGGCUAGUGACUCUCGACCGCUUCCACUAUCCCUGAGUGAUCAACGAUACCUUCGUGAGCGAGUGUUCUUGUGAGAAUGGUGUAGAAUUGUGUGCAUUUUAUCCACACGUGUUGUCUUUGUGCUAUGUAGUAAACGGGCUGGCACCUCACCUUAUUUAACACAUUCACUUCCCACCUUAUUUAUUUUUCGUAGUGAUGGUCACAAUCAACGCCAUUGGAAUAUACAGUGUUGAAGAUGUGAAGCUCUCUGAUAACUAUAUACACAGAUUUGAUUUUCUGGAAAUGUUACUUUUAUUUACGCGUAUCACGGAUUCUGUCUCUGCAAAAUGGUACUUACAGCAUACUUCAAUGCCGUGAAACGUAUUUUAUGAAGCACACAAAUAAAUAUUUUUGUGUUGAAUUCAUGUAUGCAUA